AUGGCACAGCCCUCAUAUUUUUACUCAUCCCCUUCUAGUGGUUGUUCUGCCGGCACUUUACUAUCCCCAUUAAGCAAUGGAGGAGUGUGUGGUUACCCUAGUGUUGCUACUUCUGAUUUUUUGGAAGAAUCAGAUUCCCAAAUAGAUCAAGAUUAUUGGGGUGAAGGGGAAAUGGCUGAAGGCGCUGAAAUAAAUUCGACAACUUAUAAGAAUGACCAUCUGGUUAGGGGCGGUGAAGAGGGUAAUACUGGUCAUCGUGAACGUCAAGGCAGGAGGAAAUGUUUGUUUGAAAUCAUUUAAAAAUUAAAAAUCACAAAAGAAAAUCAGAAUAAAAAAUCAGAAUUUAACAAUAGAAUUCAAAAUUCAGAAUUAGGAAUCAGAAUUCAAAAACCAGAAUUCAAAACCCAGAAUUUAAAAAUCAUAAUUGAAAAAUCAGAAUUCAAACAUCAGAAUUCAAAAAUCAGAAUUCAA